AUGACUGCCAUGUACCAUGUGUUUUUUUAAGCCGGUAAUAACUAAUAAUAACCAAAACCAAACCACAUAUCCAAACUAUCAAACUAAUAAACUCAUAUUUUGUAAAUGGUAUUCACUGUCCAACAGACUGGUCUUAACUAAUAUAAAUAGUGACAUACAAUUAACUGUUUUAAGAUUUACAUAUUUGCUGGGCAUAUACAUAUAAUUUCUGGUCAUAUAUUUAACAUAAUUUAAUAAACACGUUGAACUUUAAAGUUAUACAUAAUAAAUGUAACAUUGUAAAAAGCAUUAAGAUGAUCUCAAAAGAAUUACAAACUUUUUUAGAAGAUACUGGAGAGUCUUUUGACAAAAAAAUAAUAAUAGCCGAUAAUGCCUACAAAUGUCCAGAGCUGGCAGUGGGAUAUAAAGAAGUAUUUUUACUGAAGUGGAUAAUUAAACAUUCAAAUGAGGAUUACAAAGAAUGUUGGAAAUGUAUAAAUAAUUGGCUCAGGUCUACUCAAUUCAACAAACUAAAUAAAAAUGACAUUAAUAGAGAAGAUUUUAUAAAUAUCAUAGAGUUAAUUCAAGAAAAAUUAUUGUUAAUGGAUAUGGUUGAAAUGUCAACUAAGAGACUUAUUUUAGAUUCCAUACUGUUAUUGAUAGAUAAUGUCACAUUUCGGCAUUAUUUUAAAUAUAAUGUGGAUAUUUAUUGCAAAUUCAUUUCUUCAUUGUUACAUAACAUAGAUUGUAUCGAAUAUCUAAAAGGAUUUUUGAAUUUAGAUCUGUUUGAUAAGCAUAUAUUGGCCCAUGAAAAAUUUCACAAAAACUUCCUUAUUAACGUAUUACCCAGUUUCAUUGAGUGUCUGAAGAAAUUUGAAUGUGUUGAAGUAUUUGAUUAUAUUUCAAAAUAUGUUCAAAAGUGUUUAUUUUAUAGAAACCACAAGACCUUCAAAAUCUUUAUUGAUCAUUUUUUUGAAGAUCUAAAAUUGGAGAAAAAGAUAAUUCCAAAGUAUUUAAUAAAGUACAUGCUGAAUACUUACAAAACAAACCAAGACGCAAUGUUGAUUUAUAAAAUCAUAUUUCAUGCAUUUUGUGCUGCAUACUAUCAAGAUUUUGAACUUAUUUAUAAAUUUUUAAUUUUGUUAGUACAUAUUACUGGAUUUAAUCUAAAAGACAAAUUAAUUUUAGCGAAGACUACCAAAUUAGAUUUACCCAAAUCAGAACUGUCUCUAAUUAAAUCACAGGAAAUUAUCUUAGUUUUACUAGAAGUUUUAAGUGAAAACAAGAAUGAUUUAAAUAUCAAAAUAAACGAUGUCACUUUUACUGAAUUUAUUAGAAAUAUAUUGAAACAGCUUCUUUACUUUAAUACACCAUCGACUACUUCUUACAAGAUUUUUCUGAAGUCUAUUGCUAUUGAUCCUUUGUCGAUUGAACCUAUAACUGAUGACAUUAUUAUUUAUACAAUGAUUUCGGAUAAACAUAAACAUAGCGAAUACUAUGAAAUAUUUAAUAUAAAUAUUUUUGAUAUUUAUUCAAAAUUGCGUCGAAUUGAACAUUUUAUUUCCAAAAUGGUUCAUACAUUAAAUAACUAUUUUAACGGACAAAGGAAAAUCCUAGAAGAGGUAUACAAAUUUAAUGGAGAAAUAGAUAGUGAAGAAGUUAUCAUGGAAGGAGAAAAUAUCAAAACCGAUCAUAUUUUCACAGAGAAAAUUUUACAGCAAUUUAGUAGAUGUAUUUGCAAUUUGGCAAGUUGGCAAAUUAUUAAUGUUUUUAAAACUUUAUUGCACCAGUUACAUCAGAUUUUGAAUGAUAUUGAUAAAAAUGAUCAUAUGGAAAACUUCAUGGAAAUUAUGAGUGUCCUAAUAAGUACUUUUCUAUGUAGUAUUCGAAUAACAGAACAUAGUGUUGGUACUACUGUGAUUGAAAAGUUACUAAAGGAAUUAGAAGAAUUGAGAAAUAUUUUACAACAAUUUGGAAUGAUUUUGUUAAAUAGAGAGCAUAAUCAGAAACUUAUGAGAUCGUUCCUAAACAUUUCUUAUAAUUGGGCUGAGGUUUACAUGUCUCUGGAAUAUUAUUCGAUCAAUAAUGAAGUUGAGCUAAACAAAUCAAUUGAUAAUAAUUUUGCUGCAUGCAACAUAACAUAUUUACAUUCUUACUUGACGGUGAAGCAGUGGUGUUUAAUAUCAGAGAGAAUUACAAAUUUCGGCGAAAUUGCCUGUAAACAGUUAUUGGAAAAGUUAUAUAUUCAGAAGUUACGAGCGAUGCUGCUAUCUGAAAAAUCGGUUAAUGAAGACAUAGUUCAAAAUGUUAUAAAGAGUAUAACUGGAAAUAUUGAUAUUAUGUGGAAAAAUAUUUUGGAAGAUAAAUUUGUUAUAAACAAUUUGUUAUCUAAAAUGGAGCCAUCUUAUGCUCUGUUUAUAGCAGAGAAAGUGGUUUGUGAUACAGACACACUCGGAGCUAUUCGCAAUAAGCCACAUAUUACGAGUUCUUCGUUUCUGAUAACAGCAGUGAAUUAUGUCAUUAUUACCAAAAUAAAUAAAUUGUUAACGAGACGAAAAGAUAAAGUGACUAGCGAUAGUUUUAAGAAAGCCGUUAGUAUUAGAAUAUCUUCGGUGUUUACUGAAGAUAAUUUUUUAACACAGGAACCCAAGGAAAUUAUCGAAUCUGUUAAAUCUUUAUAUAGUUUAAAUCAGAACUAUGAAGUGGAAUGGAAUAUUAAUGAAGAGAAAGUACUUCAAUUUUUUGAAAUUUUGGAAAAGUUUCCUGUAAUAUUUUGUUCCGAAACUGUACAGAAACUUUGUCUGGUAUAUUUUUGUGCCUUACAUAUGGAUUUAUCCUCUGAAUUUAAAAGAGGAAAUUAUAAAAAAUUACAAAUAGCUUGUGAGAAACUCAUUAUAGGUAUCCUUCAACACGGCAAAUUUAAAAUCGAAAAUUUGUUUACAAUCGAGGACUUGUGCAAUGAUAUUGUACAAAAUUAUGGUCAGUGGGAAUGUAUUUUUUAUAUUAUUACAGAAAAUGUAUUUAAAGAUGAAUAUUCCGUUAGUAUAUAUGAACCUAUAAUUUCAAAUUUUACGGAAAAGCUAUUGACACCAGUAUAUAUGCGUUGCUGUAUCAUAAUGGUGAAUAUAGCAAAUAAGAUAAAGAAACUUAAAAUAUCCAAGAAUAUCAAGAAUGUAGUUGAAAAAUACAAAUCCAUCAUAUGUGACAAAAUUCUCGACAUAGUAUUGCAAAACAAACCGAUGGCUAUUUUAAUAGAUGGUUACUGUUUGUCACUCAAACAUUUUUUAUUUAAUAAUGAAGAAGAAAAACUGUCAAAGUUGUUAACAUCUUUGAAUUCGUACGUGGAUCUUGCUUUAAAAGACACGGAGUACCCGGAGAGUAAUUUUACUUUGCUUAUUAUAGUUCUAGAAAACAAAGUUAAAAUGCAACCUACAAUAGGCGAUGAGUUUUUCCUGAAAAUGUGGAACGUGUAUAAAGAAAAAGACUGGAUCUAUUCUAGAACCGACAAGCUUCCACAGAUGGCCAAACUUAUUUUUGGGCAAGCUUCCAAUGAAGAAUUCAUGAUAAUUACCACGGAUUUAUUAAAUCUUACAGAAGAUUCUGUGGCUAAAAAAGAUUACGAAGUAUUUGCAAAAAAUAUAACAAUUUGGGAAUCUAUACUGUCAUGUGAUUUAAACCCUACAAAAAUAAAAAAUUUUCAAAGUAUCUUAGAAAAAUUAUUACAGAAAUCCAUCAUUUUGCUACAGAAUUCUUUAUUCUAUGAAAAUUUGUACAAAUGCAUUUUUAAUCUGCAAAAAACUAUUAUUCAGACAGUUCAUUUACCUCUAACUUGGCCAAUGGCGGAUAUGCUUAUAUUAAGCAUAACAUUAUUGUAUGGCAAUCGUUGGGGAGAUAAAUCAAUUUUUAGUUUAUCAAUAACUCAAUUGGAGUUUCUACUUAAAUACAGAAAACCCCUCAUAAUGGAUAGAUUGCCUUGUUUUUCACAGAUAUAUCGCAUAUUACUGAAAAAUUUAUGUGAAAGAAGUAAUGCUAAUUUAAAUUUGGAAGGGUCGGCGAUCAAAGAGGUCUCUGAUGAUUCCCAUCAACUUGAAAAAUUAACAAAGAGCUUGGUGUUAAACCAUAAAGAUAUGGCUAGAAUUGCUGUAUAUUUAAUUGCUGAUAUAUUACAACAUUAUGAACAAAUUAAUUUGCAUCCGAAUGUUAAAAUGCAUUUAAACAAUUGUGUUUAUAGUCUGCUCAGUAUCUGUGAUCAACAUGCUAUAGCAUUUCUGAUGAGAGCUUUAUCGAGUGCUUCAACAGAGUUAUUCAAAGAUAUGUAUGAAAGUUAUAAAAGGUUUUAUAGAUUUACUGGAAAAGUUUAAUACAUACAAAUUAUAUAAUGA